AUGACUUCUAUUCGCAAAAUCUUCACCUCGGCCUUGGUGGCUGCAGCUACAGUCAAAGCGACAGGGAUUAACGAUUUCUCUUGCGAAAGCUCAUCCAAUCCCGUGGUUUUGCUACAUGGUCUAGGUGCUACAUACUAUGAAGAUCUAAACUAUCUCCAAUACUGGCUGCAGAGCGAAGGUUACUGCACCUACUCCUUGACCUAUGGAGCUUACGAAGGGUUCCCAUUUCUCGGUGGACUCAAGGCCGUCGAUGAGUCUGCACCUGAGAUCGCUGCGUACAUUAAGGAAGUUGUUGAGAAGACCGGCAAGAGCAAGGUGAACCUCGUCGGCCAUUCUGAAGGUGCCUUCCAAUCCCUCUAUGUACCGAAGUUCGAAGGUGUCUCCCACCUGAUUGAUCGUAUUGCCGCCAUCGCACCACCCACACACUCAACCACAUUUGCGGGUAUUUACGAGCUUGCUUAUGUUCUGGGUAAUCUCACUCGGGAAGUCGUCGGCGAUGUCCUAGACACAGUCGGAUGUGCGGCGUGCAAUGACCUUGGCCCUGAUGGACCUGCUGUGGAACGAUUGAAUGACGGAACUCCCAUCGCGCAACCGGGUAACAACAUCACGAUCAUUGCGUCCAAGUACGACGAACUGGUCACCCCGCCCACCACUGCAUUUAUUCAUGAAGAUGGUGUUCAGAAUGUCUGGGUUCAGACCUACUGCCCACUGGAUCCAGUUGGACAUAUUGGCGAGGCGUACGAUUUGAAUGUGUGGAAUCUGGUGAAGAAUGCCCUGGAUGAUACACCCAAUCGCAAGUUUACCUGCCUGAUCGGGUCACCUGGAAAAUAA